UUUGUCAGUUGUAUCAAUACAUUAAAACUUUUUUGACUUAACUUACCUUCGAAUACCCUACCAACUUGUUUUCUUACCCAUUUUUCUUGCACGUAAAUUACCCACUUCUUAUUUCUACACAAUUCUAACAUAAGCAAAUGCCAGAGGGAGCGAAGAAGUAAAAUAAACUUUCCCGCUUGCAAAGAAUUUCAAAUGCGGAAGAUGUUCCAAGAGUGUACCUAGAGUCACCUAAGUAUAAUUUUAUUUUCGCCUUCUUCUCCUUAUACCUUCCAUUACCAGCAGCAACUACAAUUUCCCUUCUUCCCUUUAGAAUAUUAUGUCUUCUAACUUAAGUGUAACCUAACCAUUUCAAUUCAUCCCACGAACAUAUUUUGUGGUGGAUGGUGUGGCUUGAUGUUCUGGUUCUGGUUUGGUUAUAUGGAUGUUGCAAAAGGAGGCUUCGUUGCACCUUAACCGGCACAAUUGAUUUCAAUUGAGUGGAAUCCGUUCUAGGUGACGCACACAGCGUGGUGGUAUUGAAGAUCAUUUUUUAUUCAUUUCUCCUGAAUUCAAACAAAAAGCAAAAAUGUGUAAAUUUAAUUCGCGUUUGUUCGUCUUUCUGAUUGUAGCUUCAUUGCUAGUUUUGACAAUUCAAGCUAGACCAUCAACUGACAAAAGAUCAAUUAUGGAUCUUUUAAGUUAUGGCAAUGACUACGAUCUGAGAUAUGAUCAACGACAAAAGGGAAAUGAGAAUUUUAGAUUGAAGUUGGAUGGUUUCUUUAUUGGUGUUCCAGCUGAAGCGACUGGACUCUUUCUGACAAGUGAAGAAUUUAUUGAUGUUUUGAGUGAAGAACUUCUAUUAGGUCGCCAUGAUGAUAAUAAUCAAUCUGGACAAUCUGGAGAAAAUAAAUCAUCACCAAGUCAAAUUAUGGCUUCAGAGUUGAUGCAAAAACAAAUUGAAAAUUACCAGAGAGCUGAGCUAGAAAAGGCCGAAGAAGAGGCUUUGUUGUCGUCUCAACAACAACAAAAACAGCAGCAAAAAAAUGUUGUCGAAGGAAGAGGUGACUUAAAUCAUGGAGGAUCAAGGACAAAGGUUUACAUUAUGAAUUUAAUCGAUUACAUUCGUAAGAAUCGACGUAAUUGAGAGAAAGAGAGAUCGCGGGAGGGUGAUAGUGAAAAAUAAGAAAAAUAAAAUUAUUAUACAUUUUAGAAUUAAGAUUAAUUAAGAAUAAGACUGAUUUUAAUUUUUAUUUCAAUUUGUGAAGGUU